AUGGCGAACCAUGGCGCCGCCGCCAUCAUCCUGAUCCCGUCUCUCCUCAUGGCAGUCGCCCUCUCCAGGGUUGACGCGAGGCUCACCGCCAUGCGUCACAAUGUGGCGGCGGCCCUCCGCUGGGCCAAGGCCAGCGUGAGGCCCACCGGGCGCAGCACGAGGCUCACCGUGCGCCGCGACGCGAAUGGAGGUUACUUGCUGGAGAAGGGUGCACCGGUGCCGGUGCCGGAGCUGACCUGCAACAAGGUGCACGGGGUGCAGGCGGGCGAGACGUGCUCCUCCGUGGCGCAGGGAUCUGGGCUGAGCCAGGACGACUUCCUUGGCUUCAACCCCAACAUCAACUACGAGAAGAUGUUCAUCGGCCACUGGGUCUGCCUUGAAGCCACAUCUGCGCGCUUGAGUGCCUGCAUGCCUGGCUUAAUUUGCGCUGCCCCCUUGGUCCCUGCAUCGCGACGACGAUGA